ACGAAGAACGCGGCCGGUCUUACCUGUCGCGAGCAUGGCGUGUUGACGCGCGCGUAAAAAUAUAAAUAAUCAACAAUAAUUCGAAACUUAUUUAAAAGACAAUAAAAUAAUUUUAAAAUAUAAUAAUAAAAUUAAAAAUAAAAUAAAUAAAUAAUUCUGCCUGUGCAAGUGUACGUGAAGAAAACUAACGCGUUUUUUUUAUUUCAAUAUUUUUGAUAUUUUCCGUCCGUUGCAGUGAAAAUGGGUUUGAAGUCUGAAGAUGACAAAAGGCCAAGCAAAUUGGCGAUCAUGGAUGACGACGUCUCGGAUAAGCCAAGUGGUCUCGGCACCCGCCACUUCGUCACAUUCAUGUUGUUCCUCGGGAUGGCGAAUGCUUACGUCAUGAGGACCAAUAUGUCUGUCGCCAUCGUCGCUAUGGUCAAUCACACGGCUUUGCCUGUCAUCUCCGAGCCCACGGAUACUGAGUGCGGAGUGUUGGUUGGCAAUGAGACCCAUACAUCACAAGAUGGAUCGUUCGUCUGGAGUUCGACGUUACAGGGUUAUAUUUUGUCUUCCUUCUUCUACGGAUACGUUAUCACGCAGAUACCCUUCGGAAUACUAUCCAAAAAGUUUGGAGCUCGUCUCUUCCUAGGUGUUGGUAUGCUUGUAAACUCAGUGUUCGGCCUGCUGGUACCAGUCGCUGCUGAGGCCGGUUACGAAUAUCUUAUCCUGGUGCGAUUCAUCCAAGGUUUGGGCGAGGGACCAAUUGUACCAUGCACACACGCCAUGUUGGCCAAGUGGAUUCCGCCCAACGAGAGGAGUAGGAUGGGAGCCGCCGUAUAUGCCGGUGCACAAUUCGGCACGGUGAUCUCCAUGCCCCUGUCCGGUCUACUAUCAGCGUACGGUUUCUCCGGCGGUUGGCCUUCAAUCUUCUACGUGUUCGGUCUGAUCGGAACUGUGUGGUGUCUCGCUUUCCUGUUCUUCGUGUCCGAGGACCCAGAGCAGUGUCCUGGCAUUAAGGAGGCCGAGAAGAAGUACAUCUUGAGCUCGCUGUGGGGUGCUGCUGGUUCCAGCUCACCACCAAUUCCAUGGAGCAAGAUCUUGCUGUCUACUCCCUUCUGGGCCAUCAUGUUGGCACACAUGGGACAGAACUACGGUUACGAGACACUCAUGACAGAACUGCCAACCUUCAUGCGACAAGUGCUGCACUUCUCUAUCAAAGAUAACGGCUUCGUGUCCGCUCUACCGUACCUGUGCAUGUGGCUGUUCUCGAUGUUCAUCUCAGUGGUCGCCGACUGGAUGUUGUCCAGCGGACGUUUCAACCACACGCAAGUCAGGAAGGUCAUCAACAGUAUCGGUCAAUAUGGUCCUGCUGUUGGUCUGUUUAUCGCCGCUAACACCGGCUGCAAUCCUGCUGCCACCGUCGCCAUCUUGGCCGUGGGUGUCGGUCUCAACGGUGGUAUCUACUCUGGUUUCAAGGUGAACCACUUGGACAUCUCACCACGUUUCGCCGGUGUUUUGAUGGCGUUCACCAACUGCUUGGCCAAUCUGACCGGUCUACUCGCGCCCAUUGUCGCUGGAUACAUCAUUGAGGGCAGGCCCACACAAGCGCAAUGGAAGAAAGUGUUCUACAUCGCGGGCGGAAUCUACAUUUUCUGCGGUACGUUCUACAACGUGUUCGCGUCCGGCAGAAGACAGGACUGGGACAACCCUGCUGAUGACGAGGCUAAUGCCAAGAAGGCAGCCGACAAGAAAGCCAUCAAACAAGAGAAGAAAGCUGCCAAGAAUCAGAACCAAGCGGAAACCGCGCAAUAAGGGUUAAAAAGUUGAGAACCAACAGCGAAUACAACUGUUUAAACUUCUAACUCAGUACGCCUUGCAACACUUACCCUAACGUGUUUUAAUAAAAAUAUUGGUUGAAUUAGGGUAUAGCAGUUGCAAAACGUAAUUGUGUUCUUUUAAAUGUUGGCUGAAUCUAACGGCUCUCGCCAUGAUUCCCUUGUAAAAAAAGUAUUAGAACGUUUCCCGCGCGUUUUAAAAUGGCGGUUGUGUUUGUUGGCUACGUUCGACCAAACACGAGUUCAACGUAUUUUUAGGGUGAGACUGUGUAUUUGCAAAUUAUAUUAAGUUGUUGUUAUAUUAUGAUUUUAAUUGACCUAUUUUAGAUAUGGCUGUUAACGUUUCUGAUAUUAAAAUCGUGGAUAAAUCUUUUUUUAUAUUCUCCCAGUCUUUUCACCUGUCUAGUGUAUUUUUUUAAUAAAUACGACAAGACGCACAUCAAUAGGGCUGUGAUAAUAUCUUGUGUAGGUACGAUACACAACGAACUCGUGUUUGGUCAACUUUUUAAUUACUUUAACAAUGCUAUUUAUUAUAUUUAGUCUAAUUAUUACCAUACAAGUAUUGUUAAUAGAUAUUUUAUAGCUUAAUGUAUGAGACGAAUGUAAGAUGGAGUAGCGAUUCUGGGGUCCAAAUGAAACCUAAUGUUACCGUCCUAGCCAGUGACUUUUACAUUUUUAUAUCCUCGCAAGUAAUAAAUAAUAAAGUAACAAUGUUAAAUAAAUAGGUAGUGCCAUCAAAGCAUUUGAUAAUUAUGUCGCAGACCUCGAAUAUAGUUCAACUGGAGAAAUCUUUUUCACUAAUCCUUGUCAUAGACUAUCAGGAAUAUUCAAAUUUAUGGUUAAAACAAUCAAUUUGUACGCGUUACUUCGACUCAAGCUGUAGACUUUCUGGUGCUACAUUGUAUUUGAGCAUUUGAAUUGUAACCGCUAACUUCUAGACCUCAAAUUCCUUUCAGUCUAUGCCUGAGAGUUAGUGCCAAAACGGUAAUAUUGUGUUGUGAAGUUCUGAUUUUAUAAAAAUCAUUCAUUGUUCGCUCUAAGCGGAUGUUGUUGAGUUAGUUAAGAGAUGAAAUAAAUGUUUUCCGUGCAAGAUUAUUGUAAUAUUUAUGGAUUAGAAUAAUUCAUGUAACGUUGUGAGACGCUACACGCCCAGGAGCUUAUGUGAUCAUUCUGUAAUGCCUAAGUAAACAUUAAGCUAUAAUGUAAACCUCAUACAGAUUAUUAUUGUAAUUGUAACAUGUUAUUCCUAUAACUUGUAAGUGGUUAUACAUUUGUACGUAAUCACAAAGCUUUGAAUUAAUGAAUGAAAUAAUUGUUGAAUUUCUGUCUGUGACAAUGUUAUGUGCCUUGUAAUAAGAGUACAAUCCAAGAGUUGCGGUGUGAAACACGCGCGGCUUCCAUCAACGCUGUAAUUAAUUACUUAGUCGUUAAUAAUCGUUUAUAAGUUUUAUUGUAAUACGACAAAUACAAAAUGAUUUUUAAAACAA